AAUCCAUAGACAUUAGACAAUGCUGGGUUUACGAAAAACAAAUUCCAAGUCUUGUUUGCUACGCCUUCAAAGGCUUGUUGCACUUUUGAAUCCCAUAAUUUCUUAUAAUUUGGCUUUUUCUUCUUCAAAUUAUUGUACCCAUGAUAGUCGCAUAGGUGUUCAUAAAACGGUGAACAGAACUCAACUCUUGAAUUCUAUUAGGAACCUCAAAAACGUUGAUUCUGCUUUCAAUUUGUUUCGCAAAAUGGUUUCAAUGAAUCCUUUACCAUCUGAGAAGGACUUCAACUUGCUGUUUGGUUUCAUUGUGAGGAUGAAGGAUUACACAACUGCAAUUUCUUUGAUUAAGCACAUGUGCUCAUUAGGUGUUUGUGUUAAUGUCUGUACUCUCAAUAUUGUUAUCAAUUGUCUAUGCCGUUUGGAGAACACGGCAUUUGGUUUCUCUGUGAUGGGGAUGAUGUUCAAAAUUGGUUUGGAGCCUACAAUGGUGACACUUAACACCAUUGUUAAUGGACUUUGUGUUGAAGGGAAUGUGGAUAGUGCUAUAUGGUUGGUCGAGCACAUGGAAAGCAUUGGUUAUCAACCCAAUGGUGUCACCUUUGGAGCAAUUAUUAAUGGUUUGUGUAAGAUUGGAGACACAAAUGCUGCAGUUGAGUGGUUGAAGAAGAUGAAUGAAAGGGAUUGCAAGCCGAAUGUUGUUGUUUACAACACAAUUUUGGAUGGUCUAUGCAAGGAUAGGUUGCUAUCUCAUGCUUUGAGAUUGUUCUCUGAAAUGACCAACAAUGGUAUUCGGCCUACCGUUAUCACUUAUAAUUGCUUGAUUCAUGGCUUGUGUAACUUCGGUAGAUGGAAAGAGGCUGCUUCUUUACUGAAUGAGAUGAUGCAGGGGGGAAUUAUGCCGGAUGUGCACACUUUUACAAUCUUGGUGGAUGCUUUUUGCAAGGAGGGCAUGAUUUUGGGGGCGAAAAGUGUGCUAAGUUUCAUGCUGCAGAUGGGAGAGGAGCCUAAUGUUGUUACCUAUAACUCUUUGAUUGAUGGAUAUUGUUUGCAAAGUCAAAUGGAGGAGGCUAUCAAAUUAUUUGAUUUGAUGGUUCAUAAGAACUGCUUGCCAACCAUUGUGACUUAUAACUCUUUAAUCCAUGGAUGGUGCAAAGUUAAAGACAUCGAUAAGGCCAUGUGUCUCUUAGGAGAAAUGGUUAACAAAGGAUUACAUCCAGGUGUUGUAACUUGGACCACUCUUAUAGGUGGGUUUUGCAAAGCAGGUAAACCACUAGCUGCAAAGGAAUUGUUUCUUGCAAUGAACAAACAUGGACAAGUUCCCAAUCUCCAGACCUGUGCUGUUAUAUUGGAUGGCCUAUUCAAUUGUCAUUUCCAUUCUGAAGCAUUUUUGUUGUUUAAGGCAAUGGAGCACAGUAAUCUGGAUCUUGAUAUUGCAAUUUACAAUAUCAUGCUUGACGGAUUGUGCAAAGGUGGAAAAUUCAAUGAUGCACGGAAGCUUCUUUCUUGUGUUCUAGCUAAAGGGAUGAAAAUUGAUGCGUAUACUUAUAACAUAAUGAUUAGAGGUCUAUGCAAAGAAGGAUUGUUGGAUGAUGCUGAAGACUUGCUCAUGAAAAUGGAAGAGAAUGGUUGCCCACCUAAUAGAUGUUCUUAUAAUGUAUUUGUCCAAGGGUUGCUGCAAAGAUAUGACAUUUCAAGGUCAAGAAAAUACCUUCAAAGAAUGAAAAACAAGGGCUUUCCCUUAGAUGCUACCACUGUAGAAUUGCUUAUCUGCACCUUCUCAGCUAAUAAAGGAGACAAUGCAUUGCAAGAGUUGCUGCAGAACUGAAGAUUGUAUUUAAUCUCUCUUGUCAUUGUUUAAUAGGACCAAGGUAUUCCUGCUGCCCCAAAUGGUUGGAGUCUUCCUUGAACAUGUUGUGGGUUCAAUAUCCGAAAACAUUCAAAAUCGGAUGAUUGAAAGUAAUGAGUGGAAAUUAAAGAGGAAGAGCAAGACUGAAUAGUGUGCAUCUAAGAAAUUCCAUCCUGAAUUAAGAUAAAGGUAGUGGGUUGGUAAAUGGUAAUGCAUCCAAAGAGUUCAGAGAAGCAGGCAUGUUUUGCUAUGACAUUAUCAAUGGCUACAAGAGGCUGUGUUUCUAUAACCUGAAAAAUUCCUAUAUGCAGAUUGCCACAACAGAGCAAGAAUCUCCUUUUGCAGAAGGCUGGCUGUGUGCUAUAGCAUUCAACCAUUGUUUUUUUUUAGACAUAAUUUACCGAGCAAUAUAAACCAUAUGAACAUUGGUUUGAAUGGUGAAAUUUGACUUCAAAUUCCAACAUUCUUUUGUCUUAUGAUCACAGAUCACCAGAUUAAGAAUCUCCCUAUACAGAAGGUUGGCUUUGUUCUUGUACGAGCAAAAAAUUGACACUGUAUAUAUGUUAUAUUUAGA